AAAGCCCGUUUAGUUGGUAAAGAAACGCGCAACGGGCAACAACCGAAACACAAACRAGUGAUCACACGACGAAAACAAAAAAACACACAAGAUUACGUGCGUGAAAAAUGCAUGCUGCCGAUACUGAAUCGUAUCGUUACUGGGUCGUCAAGUGAGCGAAGAUUGCGUGUCUCGUCAAGCACACAAUCGCCGAAGUGACAAGUGUUCAAAACUGACUGUUAGGUGAAAAAAAUACUUUUAAAUAUAACAGCAAAAUGUCUUCGUGCUAUAGUGGUUUUGACGAUCGCUCAUUCGAGUUUGAAGAUUCAUCUGACGACAGCGGUUACGAGAAAAGUUUCGAAACCGACUGCAAAGUUACACCGCGUAAGCUCUGCUUCGAUGCCAGCGUUGAUUUCUAUGCGACCUCCGAGUCGGCCAUGCCUUCUGGUUGUUACAACAGCAGCGGURUUGGCCAACUGUUGGAGCGCUCUUCAUUUCCCGCACUGCUCGAUGCCAGCAGCAAUCAUAGUACGCGCAGUGGACGCACACUCGUAGAGCAUGUAAUCAGCAAAGCACCACCGACAGAAUCGGAGUUCGCGCCCAAGUUAACAUCAACGCCAACAAAGAAUGCCGCCGGCGCUGGAAGUAGUGAUCAACCGACUGAACSACGUCCCAAGCGCAAAUAUGCCGUCGGYAAGAAUCGCGUAACGCGUUCGCGGAGCCCCACCCAGGUGGUACGCAUCAAAAAGUUUCGACGCAUGAAAGCAAACGAUCGGGAACGAAAUCGCAUGCAUACUUUGAACGACGCCUUGGAGCGGCUGCGCGUCACGCUACCGUCACUGCCGGAGGARACGAAGCUGACGAAAAUCGAGAUUUUACGGUUUGCGCAUAAUUACAUAUUUGCACUCGAGCAGGUGCUGGAGAGUGGUGGYACCAUCAAUCUCGAUCUGGAGAAACUGCAGAAUUUCACACUCAGCGGAGAACGCAUCACCAAAGAGCUGUUUGAUGCCAUUUUCGUUAACCCACAACCUUACACCAGUAUCUAUAGUAUGGGCUGUGGGCUCAACGGACGUGUACCGUAUGGGCUUCAGGAACAAAUGCCGGCAACACACUCCUACUUGGAACAACAGCAUCUGCUGCAACGCGGYCGCCCCCCACAGGGMUACGCAUAUGGUAGUGACAUGCGCCCCUACAAUGUGCAACACGAAUCACAUAAGCCRUUGGGCGAUCGCUUGGYGGCGCAUCCACAUUUCUCUCAGGAGAAAUACGAGCUGUACAAAAGCACCUUCGAGGCAGCAGCCAAYAUACAAUCCACCUCAGCUGCCAUGUACACGGGCGGUAUGUGUGCGCAGGAAGAACGAAAUGAGACAGACAUCUCUUCUGCCGGAUUCACAACACAGCCGACAUACACCCAACUCUCGACGAGCAGCAACUGUUAUAUCGCAGAGGAUCAGUCGACGACAAUUGCACCAUCACCGCCCAUGGUGAGGCAAGGGCGGGAGAUCACGCAGACGUCAAUGUUGCACCACACCAGCAGUUUCUACACUCAAACGCCACCUUGGAGGGACUACAACGAGCAGAUGUUGAACACUAGCCAUAGUAGCUUCGAACAGUACUCCCACGUAUAGCAACGGGCGCACUUGUGUAUUUUAGUGUAUAUAGUAAGGGGUUAUUUGGGGAAGGCAGAAGGCCAAUUGAGAGUACACAUUUUCCAUUUAGUUCACUGACAAAGUGAGGGUACAAAAAGAGACAUAUGCUGUUGGGUUUUGGGUUCUACGGAUGACUUUCGGCACUCAAUGAUCUCGGCUUCUGAGCAUCGAUAAUAGUUCCAAAGUCAUGCAUACAACCCAAGAGCUUACAGUUCCAUUAAUUUAGUGCAUUUAAAUGUUUCUAUAUUCAACUACAAGGCGUCCACAAAUUUUGAAGUCAUUCUCAUAUUUUCGCCGAAACUGCUGACGAUGACUUCAAAAUUGUUGUAGAUGUUGGUUGUGCUUAAUAGAAUUACAAAGUAAAACUUACUGAAGCCUUGUUUGAAUGAAGAAACAAUCCGUGUUGAUUGUCUUAACAAAGCUUCUGAAGUAUAUAAGAUAUUUGCUUAUGUUUCCUGCGAUCUCAUUARAGAAAUUGCUUUGCAGUUCCAUGCUGUACUGGAACUGCAUAGCAGUUUUCUUUGAAAAACUAAUAUUCUAUAACAUUAAUUUCAAUAUUUAAAAAUAUAUAUAAUUUACUACAAAUUGGGUUUAUCUGAAGUGAUCUUCAGCUGAUUAUUUCAGAAAGUCUCAAUUUCAUAACAGUAAGCAUUAUCAAAUGCCAACAGCUCAAAAAUAUUCAUUCAAUAAUAUUUUUAGAAGAAGUAUAAUACAAAGCUACGACAUUCGAUGACUUCCGUCAAAUUGACAUUUAGUCGUUAGUUUUUGUCAUAGAAUAUCGUAACUUUGUGUGCUUAAGAAUGUCAAAAUUUCGUCUUUACAACUUCUAGCCGCUAAAACGACUUUUUGACAGCGUUCCAUUAGACUAACUCAAAGUAUCAGGUACCUAAAAGUAGUUUUUAUAAGCUUUAUGAAAUGUGAGAUUUUUGAUAUUUACCAAAGAGAAAAUAUUUAUAAAUAGUUAAGUGAAUAUAUUUUUCUAAGCUAGAGAUAUAUUGUAAUACAUUCAACAGGAGCUAGUCAUUUCCUAACUUUAUAGACUUUAGAGGAGGUUAAAGUUUGGCGAGAGUUUGGUGAGUACAAAAAUCAGUUAAUACAGGUUGUAAYGUAAUGAAAUAUUUACGUAGUUAUCGUAAUAAAUGUACACUGAUAAAAAUAAAGAGCGAGAAAGAAGAA